GAUUAUUUGUAUUUAAUAAAAAUAUAAAAUGGCUUAUAACAACGAUUUCUAAGAUUAAUAAUAAUAGUAUGAUUAGGAAGAGUUUGCAAUGAAAAUGCCAGUGAAGAGUCAUUUAUAAAGAUUGGAUGUAAAUAGAUUUUUAAACAGUAGUAAUUGUUACAGCAGUUGAUGGAUGAGCAAGAUUUUGCAAAGAAAGAGAAGGAACAGUUGCGUAAUAAUCUAAUUGAAUUAUCAUAAAUAACGACAGAUUCAUUUGAUGACUCCAAUAAAUACUUAAAUGAAGAGUAUAGGAGAUUAAUGUAGGAGUUUCAUGAAUAGAAUGCAUUACAGUUAGAAUAACAUUAAUUCUUAAAGCAAUAAGUAGAUUAGAUCAAUUAGGACAGAAUCAAAUUGCAAUAAAAUACUAUUGUACUUGAAAACAGAGUUCAAGAUUCAGAAAAAGAAUUGGGAUUUGUUUGAUUAUAAAU